ACAGUCGAUAAUGUAAAGUUGGAUUUUUCUAACCUAGUUCUUGUCGUCUUGACUAUAUUGUAAACAUAGUUGUUCACAUUUCUUUUCUUGUUUUGUGAGAAAAUUUUACAAAUUGCAAAGUCUUACCUUGUAAAUAAAAAUAUACACUAACUUAUUUAUUCAAGAAUGAAUGGUAUAGCUUAUUAUAAUUAGUCGUGACAUGAUUGAGAAACUAAUAUUAUAACAUGUGUGAUACUGAGAACGAAAUCAUUUUGGAAGAUGAAGAGGAUAAUAACUUAUUUCAGGAUAUAAGUCAAUCUUUUGAAAGCUCUUUAACCGAUCUUCCUGAAGUCGUGUUGUAUAUUAAAAGGCUUCAAGAUUGUGUGAUCAGACAAAGAAGAAUAAUUAUUACACUCCAUGAGAAAGUCAAGCAGGGAAGACCAGUGGCGGAUGCUUCAACGCAGACAGACUGGGAAGAUGCAUUGCCUGUGCCUGUGCCUUGGCAGCAGAGCAGCAGCAAUGGCGGUGGCCGUGAAAGCAGCAGCAGCAGUAUUGUCGAUCAGGUCAAAGAGGCGGCCGAAAGCGCUGUGCGCCAGUCGGGCUUUGUCUACGAAGCAACCAGUGGCAUGUACUAUGACUACAACACUGGUUACUAUUACAAUGCUGAACUUGGACUGUAUUAUGAUGGCAACAGUGGCACUUAUUACAGUUAUAAUGAAGAAGAGAAAGAAUUUCGCUACCAUUCCUCAGUCGGGGUCACACAACACUCCAAUGACACCUGUUCUUCAAAACAUCAACAAUCAUCUCCUGACCAGAGUAAACAAUCGGAUUCAGAUAGCAAGGUGACGUUGGUUGAUAGCCCAAAGGCAGCAAUAGACAAAGACACCGCUAGACACACCCUAGAGGAAAUGGAGGAAGGUGAAUGCUCUAGAGACAGUUCGAUUGCAGACUGUUCAAGUCUCAGUAGAAAAGUGGUCGAUGAUCAUUUGAGUAAAAAGCAAGACAUUAUCUGCGAUUCUAGUCCAAUCGAACCAAUGCAGACUGAUUCUGCUUGUACAAAAAAUACAUUCGAAGAAAUAGCGAACUCGUGGCCGCCAUGUAUGAGGGUAAUAGUGCAAGAAACCGAUUUAGAUAAGCUGAACGUAGGAUCUCUCUUCAUAGUCACCUGCAUUGGUGGUACCCUGGGUCGUGAGGGUGACCAUUCUAUUAUAGUUCCUGAUUUAAAAAUUAGUAAGCACCACGCUAAAAUCAGUUUCUGUGAAGAAACAGGCAAAUAUGAGAUAGUAGACUUCGGCUCACGCAAUGGCACAUACCUGAAUGGCGCACGGCUCUCAGUGGCUCUGCAGGAAAGCGAUCCAAAGCCACUGAGCCAUGGAGACAUACUGAGAGUGGGCAUGACACAUCUGCUGUGUCACAUCCAUCAAGGCCAGGAGACAUGUGAGCAGUGUGAACCGGGCUGUUGUAUACGACCACCUAAAGAUAAAGUCGAACAAAUAGACACAACGGAAUAUUCAAAAGACAAGCAUAGAACAGAACUGAGGAGGCUGAGGAAGAAAUUUGGUCUGGAGAAUGCCGGAGCUACGGCGGUUGUUCCGAAAUCAAGCAGUUACGUUGAUCGCGCCGAAGCCAGAAGAAAAACAGUCGGCUCCACUGAUGAAAGUUUCAAAACUGAAGCCGCUUCGGUUCAUGAGACGAUAAAAUCUGACAAUAAAGGCUUUAAAAUGCUUUCCAAAAUGGGCUGGUCCGAAGGGCAAGCCUUAGGGAAGGACACAGGGGAUCCAUCGUCAAUAACACAACCGAUUUUGGUAGAGCAGCGCCGUAGUAAGGUGGGUUUAGGAUGCGAGGAAACUGAACCAGUUACUACUGACAACAAAGAAGUCAAGAAAGCCUUGAUUUGGAAGAAAGCACGAAAAAGAUACAACAAAUUAUCAUGAGGUGGCGAGCCAGUUGACAUAUUGUUACCAGUGAUGACCGUUCUGAUUAUGGAAUCGGCUGCUUAGUAAUUUCAUGGAAGAAAGUUCUGAAAUUAUGGACUAAUCGACUAUUUAGCUUAUUAUUGGAUGUCAACUGUGUUGACUAAUUAUUUAUGUCAAUAAAUUUAGGCUUGGGUUGAGUUUUCUUCCUCAAUCACUUUGUAAUGAGAGUUUCAAUGUAUCUAAUCUUGCUGUUAUUCAUAAUUUUCAAAUCUUGUUCGGUCUUUAAUUUAAUUUAAUUUAGGACGAAAUUUUAAAACUUGAAAACUUAUCAAAAUUUGGGAGAGAAAUAGUGCAAAGAGUAUCCUUAGUUGUUCUCUCCUGGUCAGUGCUUACUUGUACGGUAAUAAUCGUGAUAAAAAAAUCAACUUUCAAAGGCAAUCAGAAUUAUACAAAGUUCACGCACUAAGACAUACUCUUUUCACUGUUAUCACAAGUAGGUUCACUGUUAUCGGGUCUUGCAAUAAUUUGAAUCAACAAACACACAUACACAAUGACAAAAAUAUAGCUUUUUGACUUCAGCUUCUUGUGAUUUAAGAUAGACAAUUCUAGAUUAUUUAUCUGUAAAUCUCAAUAAAAAAUUAAAAAUAAAUUCUCCCUAUUGCAACUUCAAAAUCCAAUUACUCGUCAAAUGAACCCCGUAACCAAUGUCUGACCUUGAAUAGCGCCAACUCCUUUUAUUUAGAUGUAGUUUUCUCUUUUUGAACUGAGUUCCAUAGAUAAAUUUUGCGUGAUAAUCAGUUCAAAACAACUACAGUAACACAAUAAUGAAAAGUGAAAAAGAUUUCAUUCAUUUAAUGGACGAUAAAAAAUGGAAGGAUAUAUUCAUUGGAAUGAUUUUCGAAACAAUACCAUAGGUAGGUAAUAUGGUUUCCAAUUUUAGUAUACCCAUUCAUUUUACUUCAAAUCAAAUAUUGAAUGUUUUCUUUAACCAUAGUUGUGUACACUUGUGAUAUUUGUGAUAAAAUACUUUUUUAUUUUA